CCGUUCUCCCACAUUCCACGUGAGAAAUCCAUAGCUUGGCCAUCUCCAAGUCUGCACGGAGACUCGACUUGGCAAGCAGUCCACGACAUUCAAAAAGAAGUUGAUAUCGUCAAGCAGCAAUCGAAGAACGCGCGAAAUAUUCGAAGAACACUGUGAACGAACGACGAAUGCGAGGAAAAUGAAUCGGAUGCAAGAAGUGCUGGUAAAGAACAGUAGGUGUGUCAUCACCUAUCACAACAUCUAUCGUAGUAAGCACGGCUCACCUUCGUUGAUACGUGAUGCCACUCUCGACAGUGCCGCUCAGAGAUGGGCGAACGUAAUGGGCAAUAGAAGAGACUGUCUAGCUCAUGAAAGUCCACGAAGGUACGGCGAAAAUCUGUUCUUUUUUGGAGCGAGACAUUUUCCAACUCCCACUACCAUGGCGCAUAUGGUGGCACAUAGCUUCUAUGUGGAAGGAGUGGGAUAUGAUUACAAAAGGUUUUAUCCAAUGACUUACUACAAAACUGGUCAUUUCACGCAGCUAAUCUGGAAAGAAUCACGAAGGGUAGGUGUUGGAGUCUCGGUUGUUCAUCACGACGGCAACAAAAAAGGACCAUGUCAGCCAUCUGUACCACUCUACAUGAUUUACGUAGUCGUAAAAUACGACCCACCCGGCAACCUUCAAACUUAUCAGGCUUAUAUGAACAACGUGAGACCUCCUAUUACUUAA